AUGCCACUCGUCCCCGCUGCCCUACCCCGCUGCGCUUUUCUCCAAGUGCAUGCGGGUCCUUCUCUCCGAUUUAUUUCUUCGACCUUCCCAUAUAACUGUCGACUCAAGCGCUGGUCAAUUGCAUCCGUCAAUUUUCCUCUUCGAACUUUUCACGGAUUAGCAAUGGCGGCCAAGAUUGAUGGCACUGCCAUCGCGAAGAGCAUUCGCCAGGGCUUGAAGACUGAGAUCGAACAAGUCCAAGUCACCAACCCCCGAUUCAAGCCCAACUUGGUGAUCUUCCAAGUCGGCAACCGAUCCGAUUCCAGUACCUAUGUGCGCAUGAAGCUGAAGGCCGCGCAGGAGGCCAACAUCAUCUGUACUCUGAUCAACGUUCCCGAAUCUAGCACCGAGCUCGAGCUCAUCCAGGAGAUUACCCGAGCCAACAAUGACCCCGCGAUCCACGGUAUCCUUGUCCAAUUGCCCAUUCCUGCCCACAUGUCCGAGCAUGCUGUUACCUCGGCCGUCUCAGAUGAGAAGGACGUGGAUGGAUUCGGCGCAAUCAACAUCGGUGAGCUUGCCAAGCGCGGAGGCCGCCCACUCUUCACUCCCUGCACUCCUUUGGCUGUCAUGGAGUUGCUCCAGGCGUCGGGCGUGAACCCGGCGGGCAAGGAGGCUGUCGUCCUCGGACGUAGCGAUAUUGUCGGCAGCCCGGUCAGCUACUUGCUGAAGAACGCCGAUGCCACAGUCACCGUGUGCCACUCCAAGACACCCGACAUUGCGCGUAUCGUGAAGACCGCUGACAUCGUGGUGGCGGCCAUUGGCCAGACCGAGCUCGUCAAGGGCGAGUGGUUGAAGCCUGGUGCCGUUGUCAUUGACGUGGGUAUCAACUACAAGCCUGAUGCCACCAAGAAGUCUGGCGAGCGAUUGGUUGGUGAUGUGGACUUUGAGUCCGCUGCGCAAGUCGCAUCCCAAAUCACCCCCGUUCCCGGUGGUGUUGGCCCCAUGACUGUGGCCAUGUUGCUGAAGAACGUGGUGCACGCCGCCAAGAGCUACUUCGAGAACCAGAAGGACCGCCGUGUGGUCCCUCUUCCUCUUCGUCUUCAGACCCCUGUCCCCUCGGAUAUCGCCAUCUCGCGGGCCCAGUACCCCAAGCCUAUCACCCAGGUUGCUUCCGAAAUCGGCAUUGCCCCCCACGAGCUGGAGCCCUACGGUCACACCAAGGCUAAGAUCAGCCUCGGAUUGCUCGACCGUCUUUCUCAUCGCCGCAACGGAAGAUACAUUCUUGUCUGCGGUAUCACCCCAACUCCCCUUGGAGAGGGUAAGUCUACCACCACAUUGGGUCUUACCCAAGCCCUGGGUGCACACCUCAACCGCAUCUCCUUUGCCAAUGUUCGCCAGCCUAGCCAAGGUCCUACGUUCGGUAUCAAGGGAGGCGCAGCUGGCGGAGGUUACAGCCAGGUCAUUCCUAUGGACGAGUUCAACAUGCAUUUGACCGGUGACAUCCACGCCAUCACCGCCGCCAACAACCUCCUGGCUGCCGCCAUCGAGACCCGCAUGUUCCACGAAUCUACCCAGAAGGACGGUCCUCUCUACAAGCGUCUUGUGCCUGCCAGCAAGGGCAAGCGUGAGUUCAAGCCUAUCAUGUUCCGCCGAUUGAAGAAGCUCGGUAUUGACAAGACCAACCCCGAUGACCUCACCGAGGAGGAGAUUGCCCGCUUCGCCCGUCUUGACAUUGACCCGGAGACCAUUACCUGGCGUCGCGUUCUCGAUGUCAACGACCGCCACCUGCGCGGCAUAACCGUUGGCCAGGCCCCCACCGAGAAGGGCCUUUCUCGCGAGACCGGCUUCGAUAUCUCGGUCGCCAGUGAGUGUAUGGCCAUCCUUGCUCUGAGCAACGACUUGGAGGACAUGCGUGAGCGACUGGGCCGCAUGGUGGUUGCCACCUCUCGCGCCGGAGACCCUGUCACUUGCGACGACAUCGGUGCCGGUGGUGCUCUCGCCGCCUUGAUGAAGGAUGCGAUCAAGCCCAACCUGAUGCAGAGCUUGGAGGGCACUCCUGUGAUGGUCCACGCUGGUCCCUUCGCCAACAUCAGCAUUGGCGCCAGCUCCGCCAUUGCCGACAAACUUGCCUUGAAGCUUGCCGGAACCGAGCCCGACGAGGACCACGAAGCCAAGACUGGAUUUGUCGUCACCGAGGCCGGCUUCGACUUCACCAUGGGCGGUGAGCGUUUCUUCAACAUCAAGUGCCGCUCCUCUGGUCUGUCCCCAGACACUGUCGUCAUCGUGGCUACUGUCCGUGCUCUGAAGGUCCACGGAGGCGGUCCCGAGAUCAAGCCCGGCGCCCCUCUCGACGAGGUCUACCGCACUGAGAACGUGGAUGUCUUGCGCAGGGGCUGCAUCAACCUCCGCAAGCACAUUGCCAACGCCAAGCAGUACGGUAUCCCCGUCGUGGUCGCGAUCAACAAGUUCGAGACCGACACCGAGGCCGAAAUCGCUGUCAUUCGCGAGGAGGCCAUCGCUGCCGGCGCCGAGGACGCCGUCCCCGCCAACCACUGGGCUGAGGGUGGAGCCGGUGCCGUUGAUCUGGCCAAGGCCGUCAUGACCGCCAGCUCCAAGGAGAGCGACUUCAAGCUCCUCUACAACCUGGACGGCAGUAUCCAGGAGCGCAUCGAGCGCAUCGGCCAGGCCAUGUACGGUGCUGAGAAGGUGGAGUUCAGCGAGCUGGCGCAGAAGAAGGUUGACAUCUACACCAAGCAAGGGUUCUCGAACCUGCCGAUCUGUAUUGCCAAGACUCAGUACUCGCUCAGUCACGACGCGGCCCUCAAGGGCGCCCCCACCGGCUUCACGGUGCCCAUUCGGGAUGUCAGAUUGGCGGUGGGCGCUGGUUACCUCUACGCCUUGGCUGCCGACAUCCAGACCAUCCCCGGAUUGCCCACUGCCCCGGGAUACCUGAACGUCGACAUUGACACCGAGACCGGCGAUAUCGAUGGUCUUUUCUAA